AUGAGCAAAGUAUACGAAAUCAUCCGGAAUGACACCUACUCAUUGUUCCGGACCAUUGCCCAAGAGAUUUCAGAGCAUAAUGCGAAAAUUAUGAGCCAAGCGGCUACGAUCCGCGCAAAAUCAAAACCAGUGACACUGGAACCUGAAAACCAGGGUUCUCAUUUCUGGUCCGCCGUGCUCAUCACACUUGGAGUCAUCGUGCUUCUCGGAGCCCUAAUCAUUGGUCCUGUGCUCUGUUGUCUGAAAAAACGUGGCGCUUUUUCUUCUGAACACGUCGAUGAGGAUAUUGAUUAUGAGGAAGAAGUGGAUCAGCAGAGAUCUCCAAAACUGAACGCAGUGUCUCCAGGUCGUCCAGGAGUGUCUCCGUCGGCAAGGUCCCCACGAUCUCCACGUCCCGGCCUCUCGCCCAGCCCGGGGCUCUCGCCACGCCCAGGUCUUUCGCCCCGCCCCCACCGUACCCCAGUUCGGACCACCCGUACUCCAACGAGAAAAGAAGCACGUCCACGUGGAUUAUUACCAAAAAAAAUAUUUUUUUUUCAAAUUUUAAAAAAAUUAUUUUUUUUUCAAAAUUAUUAUUAUGAUUAUUAUUAA